GCGCAUUGCUAGCUCCUGCUAUUGCUGGAGCUUGUUUUAUGCUGCGUUCAUAAAACUCAGAAAAAAUGACCAAACUCCAGCUCCUGCACCGCGCGCUGAACGAGCGGCUGAUGGCGGCGGUGGAGCAGAUCAUGGAGAUGGUCGGCGGCACCGUGCUGGAGUACGAGGAGGAGACCAUCAGGGUGCGCAAAGAAAACGAGGUGCUCAGGCGGAGGCUUCGCUGGUUGGAGGGAGCAACCUCAGCCGAUUGGCCAGGCCCGUCGGAACCUGUUAUGACCUCCAUCCCGGAGGACUCCAAUCCAUCCCAACAAGACGAGAACACUGUCAACUGUGGAUUUGAAGAGAAUUCAGGCCCUGUUGUGAUCAAAACUGAAUUGACGGAUCACCCGCUGCAUGUUAGACCUGAAAGCGCCGAUCAGGGUUCUGAGAAUGCUGGGACAAGCACUGGUAUUGCCUUUGGUCUGACAGGCAGUAUGACGUGGGACUCUGCUCAAAAUUACAUGGCUCCUCUGGACUUUGAUCCAUCUUCGGGCAUCUCUAGGUUCAGGGACUGGAGAGAGAGGAACAGAAGGCAGAGGAUGUCCUUUGCUUGUCUAGACUGUGGUAAAGUCUUCGGAAGGGAACAAGGGCUGAUAUUUCACAUGCGGAUCCAUUCCAAAGAUAGGCCGUAUAUGUACCGUCAGCGCAAGGCCUGCUUCUAUGGUGACAAAAGAAGAAAGAGGAAACUGCACAGGCUCUCUCAGUUAACAAGAGAAGUAGGGCUAUCGAGAGAAGCUGAGGAUGAUCUGUCGGAUGGCUCUGAGCAGACAAACAGGAGUAGCGCAUCACCUGAUAGGCUAGCACCAGGUCAAGAAGACGAAGGCCUGUCUGAGAGUGACUGCUCCAGCAGUGGUAAAGAAGCCAAAAAAUUACCUCUGCGCCGCCGGAGACCGGGAAGAACAAAGCGGACACAGCCCUGCGUUCCAUGUUAUUGUCCUCAUUGCCCUGGAAGGGUAUUUUCUGGACCUGGUCAGUUAGGCAUGCACAUGAAGUCCCACAGAGCUCCUCAGAACCAGGGGAGCCCUACACAAUCAAGCACUAACAAGACUGAGGAGGCCACAAGGACAAAUAUACCCCAGAAGCAAAGCAAAAGUGAUGCAGGGAAGAAGAACAAAUGUGCAGGCAGAAAAAAGUGCCCUUGUCCAAGGUGUGGCAAAGUAUUCUUUAAGUCAUCUGCAUUGCGUUUGCACAUAAAGGACCAUGAAAAUGACAGACCCUCAUCCCAAGAAAAUCUUGACUUGGCAGUACAGACUGAGCCUCCCAAAGAAGAAGCAAUAGAGCGUAAAAGAACAGCAAUGCAGAAUUCGAAAAGGCCACAGAAAACUUUUUCCUGCCCUGUUUGCAAUAAAGUAUUUACUCGUGAAGGAUGGUUGGAGCCGCACAUUCGAAGUCAGCACGGGGCAGUAAACAUCAAGAAGCGUAAAUAUAACAAAGUGCUUGUCAAGGGAAAGAAGCGAAGGUCAAUGCGGAUUUCAAAGCAAUCGCGUCAGGUAGCAAUUGAAGAAUCAAAAAAGGUCACGAGUGAGACACAGCGAGACACCGAGGAGGUGAAACGGGAAACGAUGGAAUCACAAAAGGUCUUAACCAAGGCACAGGCAAUCACUGAAGAGACAAAAGGUGAAACAGAAGCAUCAAAGGUCAACGCUAAACCAUGUCAGUCAAGAAAAAACUCCAGCCCAGUUGUGGUAAUGUCCAAACUCAAUGCAGAUCUUAUUAAAAAAGUUACAGAUGACGCAAACGGUCCUCAUAAAGACACACCAGGAUCUGACGGAGGAACGUCAGAUAUUCAAAAUCAGACAAGCUUUACAUGCCUAUAUUGUGGCGAGUCAUUUUUUCAGAAACGGAAGUUCAAGCAUCACAGAAUGAAACACAUCGCAGCUAACUUGCAGGUUUUAAGAAAAAGGAAAAGGGAAGCAAGAAGAUUGGAAGAAGAGCAAGAAGAAAAGAGAUUGAAGGAGGAGAAAGACAAAGUGAGGCUUAACAAGACGUCGACAAGCAAUCACAAAACUAAUACUACGACACCUCAAGGAUCCCCAAACAAAGAUUCAUUACCAAAAAGCAGAAACAAAAGUCAAGAGCAGCUUCCCUGCCCAUUUUGUGGCAAAAUCUUUGCUUAUGAAAUGCGGCUGUUGGUGCAUAUGCAGAUUCACUCUGGUGAAAAACCAUACCCGUAUCGGCAGCGCAAGAAACGUUUUUAUGGUGACGUGAAAAAGGGCAAACUCCAGAAAAGCUAUAAUGAGGAGCCUCUGGGGAAGAACUGGGACGAGUCUGGACAGUCCGUCGGUGAAGAAAAGGGGAAGGGGGACCCUUCUACAAAUCUGAGCAGCCAUGAAGCUUAUGGAGACACUGCACUGGAAGACAAUCCUGGCAGCCUUCUACCUCAGUCACCUAUUGAGCAGCCUGCCAUCUGCAACAACAGUGAUGAACAAAACAAAUCUGAGCUUGCCAAGGAUCUCAUGGGCCACUUCACUUUGCAACCCAGGAUUGUUCUGCGACCAAUUACAACGGGUUCCAAAUAUUCCACCUUGAAUCCUGGUGAUGUAAAAUCAGGGCACAUUGAUCAUGAAGAAACCUCAUGCUCAGUAUUGGUAGAUGAUACACUAGAAAUUGGUAGUACGGAUGGAGAUAGUGAUGUAAUGGAGGUGGAAGAUACACCAGAGGGCGGCAAUCUUUGCACGAUACCAGUGGAAAGCACAAGUGAUGGCAAUCCUGAAAUACGUUGCAGUGUUAGUCCUGGGAACGUAGAGGUCUCUGUGCUGGCUAGUUCUCAAUCGAAAGUAAAGCUUGACAACUCUGGGGGCUCAGCGGCCAUUCAAGAGUCUGAGGCAAAAAACUCAGUUGGUCGACAAGAAGAGGACCGAAACCGUAAUUUUCCUUGUGUAAUUGCUGGUGAAAAUGGCCAAUCAGAAUGUGGUAAAAAGAAUUGUGAUUGGACGUGUGAUUGUGAUAGCAUUGAGUCAAUGAAAUUAACUGUAAUGCCAGAGGCCAGUAAUUUAGAUUCUUUGUUCAAGGAAACUAGUUCCGGAGCCAUGCAGGAUGCUGACUCUGAAUUAAGUUGUGUUGUCAUCUCGGAUGGUGAAGAUACCGAUGAAAUGCCUAGCAUUUAAAAUGAACAGUUAGAGAUGGCCAGCGAACUGCACAAAAAUCCUUCCAGCGACUUUCCAUCUAAAUCGAGAAUAUCAAUUCCACAUGUGUUCACACCAAGUCUAUCGGCAGUCCCUCAAAACAGUCUGAUGUUGAGCUCUUAUCUCGUCAAAAGAAGGGUCAGAGCAUCUCCCCAGUGACCAGUUGGCAUCUACUGUGAUAAGGCAAAUGAAGUAUGACCCCCAUGAGGAUAUAGUGGGUCAAAUAUCAGAUGUGGUACUUGCUGGUCAAGCAUGGUAGUCUGAAGUUAAAGCUGUGGUCAAUGCGGAUGAGGGAGAAAAUAAACUAGGUGUGGACAAUCGGGUAUGCAAUAGUAGUAGCGUGUAACGUACAACAUGGACUCAAAGGCAGAUCUUAAUCCGUCUGUGAAAACUGGAGAAACUUAAUUUGUAUUUAAUUUGACAGUUUUUUUUCCUGCGUUUUGUCAAUGUUUUAGGCAGUUUAACAAUGAGUUGUUUUGUACAAACUGUGAAUUUCAGCGAGUUAUUUGUAAAUAGUUCUAAAGGAUUUGGAGUGCUACUUUUUUCACAACCUGUCAAUCCUCUGGUAGUGACGACUGCUGUAAGCAGCGGAAGACAAAAAAAACGAGUGCAUUGUAUUGUUAGUUUUACUUCACCUUAUGCACGAUCACUCAAAAUGAGCUGAAGUUGUAAAAAUUUAAGUUUUGAGAAGACUAUACAGAAAGUAAAGAGUUAUUAACAGUUUUGCCAUUAAAGAGAAAUUUAAGCAA